GCUCUCUGCGGUUGUCCAACAUGGCAGUUAGUCCUUACGUGAACCGCGCGGAGUUGUGGCUUGCAAAUGCAAGUUUCCGACCAUCUUUUCGCCUUCCGGAACAUUUUCAUCCUAGCAUAUUUUUAAAAUGGUUUCCAGGCCACAUGGCGAAAGGUUUCCGUAAGAUGCAACUAAAGCUACCAAAGUGUUUCUGUGUUGUGGAAGUUCAUGAUGCAAGAAUUCCCUUUACUGGAAGAAACCCCAAGUUUCAAAAUAAUUUGUCAAGCAGACCACAUGUACUUGUGCUUAACAAGAUGGAUCUCAUAGGAAUGGCCAAGCAAAGGGAGAUCCUGAGACAACUGGAAAGUGAGGGAACUAGAGCUGUGCUUACUGAUAGUAAAUCUCAAUAUCAUUACAGCAUUAAAAGGGUUGUGCCAGCUAUUCUUGAAGCAGUAAAGGAUGCUGAAUAUGAAGGAACAUACAUUAGAUCAAAUCCAGACAAGCCAUACAAUAUUUUGACCUGUGGUUUGCCAAAUACUGGAAAGUCUUCUUUGAUAAAUGCACUCCGAAGAAAAUACCUGCGGAAAGGCAAAGCAACUAGAGUGGGUGCAGUUCCAGGGAUAACAAGAUCCAUGCAAGAAAAAAUUAAGGUGUGUGAUGAGCCAGUAACAUAUAUGAUUGAUACUCCAGGUGUGGUGGCUCCUUAUAUACCAACUGCAGAAAUAGGAAUGAAGCUAGCAUUAAUAGGUUGUUUUAAAGACCAUAUUGUUGGUGAGGAAUUGAUUGCUGAUUAUCUGUUGUAUAUCUUGAACAAAGAAAAACGUUUUGAAUAUGUGGAAAGCUUUGGCCUCAUGAACCCUAGUGAUAACGUGAACUUCGUCAUGAGACAGUGGGCCAAAAAACUAAAUGCUACAAUAUCAGGUGGAGUACCAGAUUACCGCAGAGCUCAUGUUGAUUUCCUCAAAAGGUUCAGAACAGGAAUGUUGGGACACAUACUUCUUGAUCGUCAGUUGCUUAGGGAAAAACAAAAAAACUUUUUGCCAACAAGUUUUGGACAGUAAAUAUAUUACCAACAAGUAAAACAAAAUAGAUUGGGUUUGAAUGUUAGAGUUCUAAGACUUGUAAUUUGAAAAGAUCCUCCAGGGUUUUUUUUCCCUCUACUUUAUGUGUAUAAGAUUUGGUUAACACUAAGGGCAAAUCUCUCAAUUACCUAAGUCCUCCAUGAUAUUCUAGAAAUUGUAUGGCUUUCACUACUUUGCUGAAGAAUUGUUUGUCUACUUGUGCUGCUGACCAUAUUAUUAAUGGAAUGCAAUGAUUGGAAACAUUUCUUCACAGCACUAUGAGGGAGGACAGGUCUCCCCUCUGAUAUCCUCUACUUAUGAAUGCAGUUCUUAACUAGUCUCUCCUAUUCAAUCUGUCAAGGAUUCCAGAGGUUAAGAUAUAAACAUGAAAUACUAUGCACCCAAUAUUUAGCCUUGCAUAAAAUUACUCUGUAAAAAUUGGGAACUGGAACUUCCUAAGAUCCUAGGGGUAGGGAUAUCUUAUCUUCUGUAAUUACCACAUAACAGUUAUAGUGGGUGAAAAUUGCAAGUUGGGUACAUGAGUUCAUAAUAUCCAUUUAAUGUUGGCAUUUUAAUCUCAUGAACACAGCAGCUCCACACUGAAAAAUUCUUGACAAAAUUCCUUCUACUUUUAACUAACUAGAUAUCUCCAAUCAGCAAUAAGUUAGGUUAGAAAUGGACCACACUUUCUACUGGUUCACCAGUUAUGACAACCAAUUACAUUUUCUAAAUUUGUCAUAAUUGAAUUGAGAGCAUACUCUGGACUACCAACAAAGACAUGAAAUUUAAAGUCAUUUUUGUACCGCAAAAUGCUCAACUAAAUUCCUUCUACCUAUUCCUAACUGGACAAAUCCAAUCAGCAGUAUAUGAAUUAAGCAGUAGAUCACACUUUGUAAUGAAUUAACAGGGUAAUAACCCAUGCGGAAUAUGGGGAGAACACAAGGAGUAGCCUUCACACAUAGUAAUAAUUGUCAUCCAAUCACCAAACAGAGUAGCCUUAGAUUUCACCAUUUUCAGAAUACACAUUCUGCCAAACCAUUCAUCUUCUGAACCAGUAACAAACACCACUGAUACAGAUUCAAUUGGACCUGAAGCACAAUAUUCACAAGUACUGCUGGGAAGGUGUCACAAAUUUAAAAAGACAAAAGCAUGAGUUACUAAGGAAUAAAUCUCUGCUUAGAAAUUGAGAAUAUGCUCACCACAGAUAGAGGCAAGCAUUGUAAAAUUCAUUAUCAAUACCAUAAUUAGGUGAUCAUUGUAAACUGACUACUUGUGAAAAGUUGAUUAAACAAUAUAAUUUUUCUUAA